GCUUUUGAGCAGCAGUGCAGUGCAGCAGAGUUCAGCGGGGGGGCAGACCGAGGCAGACCACAGCAGCGUAGUCAUGCUUACGUUGGCCAGUAAGCUGAAGAGGGACGAUGGAGGAAAGGCGGGCCGUGCCUCUGGAGCCUCCGACUCCGCCCAUAGGAUCUCCAUCAGGGACCGCCUCCUUACCAAAGAAGUUGCAGAACUUGAAACCAAUCUCCCUAGUACAUGCAAAGCCAGUUUCCCAGAUGAGGACAAGCUGCAUCAUUUUCAGCUGGCAGUGUCACCUGAUGAGGGUUACUACCAGAGUGGAAGGUUUCAGUUUGAAGUAGACGUCCCCGAAGCCUAUAACAUGGUGCCUCCUAAAGUGAGAUGUCUGACCAGAAUAUGGCAUCCUAACAUCACAGAGAAUGGAGAGAUCUGUUUAAGCCUAUUGCGGGAACACUCUAUUGAUGGCACAGGCUGGGCCCCAACUAGAACAUUAAAGGACGUUGUCUGGGGAUUGAACUCCUUGUUUACUGACCUGUUGAACUUUGACGACCCUUUGAACAUCGAUGCUGCAGAACAUCAUCUGAGAGACAAGGAGGAUUUUCGGAAUAAGGUUCAAGAUUACAUCAAGCACUACGCCAGAUGAUAGACGCAUCGGCUACCUACAUUAGCCUGCACCAACCAACCAAACUGCUCUACCUUGCCUCUGCUUAUCUUGGCCAAGUCCCCCUCCCCCUCCACGUGUGUAAAUCAACAGCCGACUCUUUGACUCUUACAACUCCCCUCUCGACACCACAGCCACGCCCUGCUGUUAACCAAUUGCAAUAAAUUCCACAUUGCGGGAAUGAAAAAAAAAGAGAGAAAAAAAUUAUGCAUUUAAGUAAAGACUUGCAUACAAAAGUAAAAUAUGCUUUAAUUAUCCUAAUCGAUUGAGUGUUGGACCACAAUGUCUGUUCAUUGUGACGAGAUUGCUGAAUAAGGCCGCCUCCCUGAGGUGUCCCUCUGAGCCUGUUGGAAAUGAGCCAUGGCAACGAUUGGCAAGGGAUGUGAUGAUUCACCAGCCAGUAAAAAAAAUAAAAUAAAGGAAGUGACGUUCAGCUGUUAAAAAAAGUUCAUGAAUCAAGAGAAAGAAUAUCUGUUGCUGUCAGUCCUCUGUUCCAGUGCCUGCUAUGUUUGUGUCGCAAAAGAGAAAAUGCAUGUGAGUUCACACACAUAUAAACACACACUGUCACAUCCUGUUGUAAAAGUUAUCACAUACAUACACGUUUCUAUACACUUUAUUAUUCACACACACUGAAGUUGGAAAACCGCCAGCCCCACUAGACAGCAUGUGAAUGACCACAUUGUCCCUUUCUGUUGUCAUUCUUCAUGCAUGUGCACACACAUACACAACACUCACACACAGACUUUCUGUUUUGUGUUUUCAGCUCCAGUGGGAUAAAGUACGACUUUUAAAAAACCACAGCCAAAUCAAUUUUUCCGGUUUUAGAUUCACCUCUUCUCUUUGCCCUCACUCUUUUCUCUCCUCACUAUCCUUUUUUGUCUUUCCUCCCUAUGUCUCUCUUGUUUUAGAAACACACACAGACACACCCACAACCACAGGUACCUUUUUCAUUGACGAUGGAAAGGUUCAUACCUACUUACAGUGCAAUCAGAAAGUACCGUACUAUGACAGUGACACAUUUUCGGUGUGUGGUCGCUCUGUGCUUUACAGUGGGUAUAUAAUUAAACAGUGAGUACGAGUUUAAAGGACUGAUUCAGAUUUAGUUUUGCAUCCAUAACAAAUAAACAGUGUAGGGAUUGUAGCUCUCUUUGUACAUAGUCCCCCAGGUUUAAUGGACAACGUGUAAUUGAACAAACAAUGUGAAAGGGGUCGGUCGUAGUUAUGAACCUACAGAGAAUUAUCACCCGCUCCACUCAGCUUUAUAGAACUUGUAAGUUUUGGCUCAUUGUUUAGCUGUCCGGCCCAAAACUUUACUCUUUUCAUUCAUUCUCACAGCUCUUUUACUGGUGGUGUUUUCGCCCAGGCAGCUGUUUUCAAUGAAAAAGCUCUAAAAUUCCACUGCACACUGCACCAAACAGCAAAAAACACAGCAACUAGCUGGUGAACAUAUUGGAGCAUUUAGCAGCUAAAGACCCAGAUAGUUCUGUUUAUAGUGUGUAUAAUUGGUAAAGACCAAAAAAACAGAGCUAAACCAGAGUCAAUAUUACAUUCGCCAGGGUCCAGA